UUAAAGCUAAACAUUAACACUUGAUCACACUUAUCUAAUCGUUAUCGUUGCUAUCUUGGUGUGACACAGACGCCAAGAGUUGCGCCCGUCAGUCCAUGAUUAGCACUACAUGUACGUCGAUGGACUGUGUACCUUUACCUAGUGUGAAGUGACAGUGAACCUACUUUCUGACGAUAGUGAGAGUGUAAUGCUUCUUGGUCAUAGAAGCAAGAAGCCAAGAUGUUUGCAGCGACCCUCACCAACCUAUUGGGACCGCGGUUCCGAAUAGUCCUUCGGAAGCCUAUUAUAGAGAACAUAGCGUUCAAACUACACUAUAAAGCAACAUGUACUCUCUUCCUAACUGCUGUGAUCCUGGUCUGCAUGAGGGACUACUUCGGAGAGACCAUUAAAUGCAUGGCCGAUAAUGGAGUCCCCACUCCGAUUAUUGAGAAAUACUGCUUCUUUAUGGCUACUUUUACAAUCGUUCGGCAUUACAACGAGAGUCUCCUGCAAGGCGGGUUCCUACCGCACCCUGGCGUGGGCCCUAUGAUGGAAUCUGAUGAAACCCUGCACCAUACCUAUUACCAGUGGGUGCCCUUCGUGUUGUUCGUGCAGUCCAUUGCAUUCUACAUGCCGCAUUACAUCUGGAAGCAGAAGGAAGGUGGUAGAAUAAAAGCGUUAGUAGACGGCCUGCAGUACGCAAGCCUCGCACUGAUCAAAGAAGACAUGAAGGUCGGCAACAUGGACUUACCUUCCGAAGAAACGCUUAGCAAGCGUAUCAACAUCAUUCUUAGGGAUAUUCGAUUAAGGUUGCGCAUAACUCGCACAUGGUCAGUAUGGCUAGUAGCCAUGGAAGUGACGAACUUGGUACACGUCAUGUUCGAAAUCUGGAUCAUCAACGAAUUCCUCAAUGGAAACUUCAUCAGCUUGGGCCCAAAAAUACUCAAUAUGAGUGAGUGGGGAAAUAUUGCUGACCCACUGGAGACUGUGUUUCCAAAGGUGACCAAGUGUAUCUUCCACAAAUAUGGUCCAAGUGGCUCCAUCCAGCAGCACGACGCGCUCUGUGUGAUGGCGCUGAACAUCAUCCAUGAGAAGAUUUAUGCUGUGCUCUGGUUCUGGCUACUAUUCCUCUUCAUCGUCUCCGUUAUUGCUGUGAUCUGGCGCAUCAUGUCAUUCUUCCUGUACCGUCGCUCCCCGAGGUUCAACAUGAUAAUGUUCCAAAGAGCAACUGACGCCAAGUUUGACCCCAUGAAUGUCAUCCACAUCAUCAACGGUUGCCAGUUCGCUGACUGGCUGUUCCUAUACUACCUGGCUAAGAAUAUGCAGGGCGCUGUCUUCAAGGAACUAUUCAAUCGAUUAGCUAAUGAGUUGGCCAAGAAAGAAGUGGCAGGUUAUGAAGAUCCAAAUGAGAAGAAAGGAGCUGCUCCUGAACUCUCAAACAUCGUCAACUAUCACGACGAAACACUACCACUUCAAGCUAAGUCGAAGAAAUCGAGCUGCAAAUAGGUACGGAGUGUACGGAGUACUUGAAACAGAUUUUUAACGAAUUUUACUUCGUGAUUUUUCGAAUGAAAAUAUUAUUUU